CAGCUGACUUGAGAGGAUCUGCAAAUAUCCCGAGUGGAGUAAUCAAGACGAAUUAGACUACCGAUGACCUACACUGACCGAGUACUUCAUCAAUACUGUUCCCUAGAAAAGUUUAAUGGUGCAGUAUAACCUGUCAUAGGUCAACAGAGAAAAUGUCAGGAAACAGCCUGGUUUUACCCAUAGUGCUGUGGGGCCGGACGGCGCCCACUCACUGCAUCUCCAGCCUGCUGGUCAUGGAUGACCUCGCCACCAUCAUCACCGGCUGCCACGAUGGACAGAUCUGCAUUUGGGACAUGACCUCUGACCUCGAGAUCAGUCCCAGGGCCAUGUUGUUCGGUCACACAGCCUCCAUCACCUGCCUGUCUAAAGCCAGCCCCUGCAGUGACAAGCAGUACAUCGUCAGCGCCUCAGAGAGUGGGGAGAUGUGCUUGUGGGAUGUCAACGAUGGACGCUGUAUUGAGUUCACUAAGCUGGCCUGCGCUCACACAGGGAUCCAGUUCUACCAGUUCACCAUCGGUACGCAGCGUGAGGGUCGUCUGCUGUGUAAUGGACAUUACCCAGAGAUCCUAGUGGUGGACGCCACCAGCCUGGAGGUCCUCUACUCCCUCGUCUCUAAGAUCUCUCCCGAUUGGAUCAGCUCCAUGAGCAUCAUCCACUCACAUCGCACACAAGAGGACACAGUGGUAGCAGUAUCGGUCACUGGGAUACUGAAGGUGUGGAUCAUCACUCAGGAUGUCAACAGGAUGCAGGAUCUGGAUCCAGUGUUUGAGGAGGAGUCUAAGCCCAUCUACUGUGGGGGCUGUCAGAGCAUCUCCUUCUGCACCUUCACACAGCUCUCUCUGCUGGUGGUCUGCUCCAAGUACUGGAGGGUGUUUGAUGCCGGGGACUAUUCCUUGCUGUGCUCAGUGCCCAGUGAGAACGACCAGUCCUGGACCGGAGGAGACUUCAUCGCUGCUGACAAGAUCAUCAUCUGGACCGAGGACGGAUGCUCCUACAUCUACAAGCUCCCAGCCAGCUGCCUGCCUGCCAGUGAACACUUCCGUACUGAUGUAGGAAAGACUGCCGAAGGCUCCAUCCCACCUCUGGUGUACAGCAUCGCGGACCGCACAGACAAACAGCUCCUCAUCUGUCCCCCGGUGACACGGUUCUUCUACGGCCGUCGGGAGCCCUUCCACAAGCUGCUGGUCCAGGGAGAUUCAGCCGGACGCCUCACCCUCUGGAGCAUCCCAGACACCUCGCCCCUGCAGCCCCUCUCCACCGCAGCAGAGCUCCAAGUGUCCUCCACCAUCUCCCUCCAGGAGGCCUUUGACAAGCUGGCUCCCCUGUCGGCGGGCAUCAUAGACCAGCUGAGUGUGACGCCCGGUUCGGAGGAGCCCAUCAAGGUGACGGCCAGCGUCUACAUCCCCUCCCAGGGCAGGCUGGUGUGUGGCAGAGAGGACGGAAGCAUCAUCCUGGUCCCCGCCACACAGACCGCCAUCGUACAGCUGCUGCAGGGAGAACACAUGCUGCGGAGAGGCUGGCCCCCUCACCGCACCCUGCGGGGGCACCGUAACAAAGUGACGUGCCUGCUGUACCCUCACCAGGUGUCCCCUCGCUACGACCAGCGCUCCCUGGUCUCCGGCGGUGUGGACUUCAGCGUCAUCGUCUGGGACAUCUUCACUGGGGAGAUGAAGCACGUCUUCUGUGUCCACGGGGGAGAGAUCACACAGAUCCUGGUCCCGCCUGAGAACUGCAGCAAUCGUGUUCAGCACUGUGUGUGCUCUGUGGCCAGUGACCACUCCGUGGGUCUGCUCAGCCUGCGGGAGAGGAAGUGCAUCAUGCUGGCGUCUCGACACCUCUUCCCCAUCCAGGCCAUCAAGUGGCGGCCCUGUGAUGACUACCUGGUGGUGGGCUGCUCUGAUGGCUCAGUGUAUGUGUGGCAGAUGGACACAGGUGCAUUGGACCGUUGCGUGAUGGGCAUCACGGCUGUAGAGAUCCUGAAUGCGUGUGACGAGGUGGUGCCGGCCGCUGUGGACGCUCUAAGCCACCCUGCGGUCAACCUGAAACAGGCCAUGACACGACGCAGCCUAGCCGCGCUCAAGAACAUGGCCACGCACAAACUACAGACCCUGGCUACCAACCUACUGGCUGCAGACAACGCAGACAAGGGCAACCUGCAGAAGUACUCCAACAACAGUCUGGUGGUGCAGGCCAUGAAGACCAAUCUGACAGACCCUGACAUGCAUGUCCUGUUCUUUGACGUGGAGUCAGUGAUCAUCCAGCUGCUGACGGAGGAGGCCCAGCGGCCCAACCCCACCCUGGUCUCCCCAGAGACCCUCCAGAAGGCCCAGGGAGCAGCUGACAAGGGAGGGUCCUUCCUGGCCAACAAGAUCUUCAAACAGGUGAAGGAGACGAUGAAGGAGACCAUUAAGGAGCACCUCCUGGAUGAAGACGAGGAGGAAGAGGAGGAGAUGAGGAGACGCGAGGAGAAGUCUAAGUCUCUGUCGCUGUUGGAGUAUAACCUGACUAUGGACACGGCCAAACUGUUCAUGUCCUGUCUCCACGCCUGGGGCCUCAACGGACCACUGGACGAGGUGUGUCUGAGCAGACUGGGCAUGCUCAAACCCCACUGCCCCAUCUCCUUCGGUCUCAUAUCCCGCGGAGGUCAUAUGUCUCUCAUGCUGCCCACCUUCAAGGAGUCCCUGCUGCGUCAGAUGGCCCUGUCCACAGGCAGGAAGUUGUCCCUGUCAGAGAUGGUGGGUAAAGGGACAUACGGAGUGUCCCGGGCCGUGACUACCCAGCACCUGCUCUCUGUCAUCUCAUUGGCUAACACCCUGAUGGGCAUGACCAAUGCCACCUUCGUGGGAGAACACAUGAAGAAGGCACCCGUCAGGCCUCCUAGACCCGGGACCCCUGAGACCCCCAAAAAGACUGCAGCACCCCCCCAGGUGUCUAGUCCGGCCGUGCAGGGACAGAUCAAACAAGCCGCUGCUGCUACUACCAGUCCUACCAGUCCUGGCAUUGGGGCUUUUCCCCCAGGUCCAGCUGCUUUCCAUUGUCCCUCAGUCAACGAAGGUUGGAGCCAGCUGGCUGCUAUGCACUGUGUGAUGCUACCUGACCUGCUGGGCCUGGACAAGUUCAGACCACCUCUUCUGGAGAUGUUGGCGCGCCGCUGGCAGGACCGCUGUCUGGAGGUGAGAGAAGCGGCCCAGGCCCUGCUCCUGGCUGAGCUGCGGAGGAUUGGUCAGUCCGGCAGGAAGGACACCAUCGACCUGUGGGCCCCCUACCUGCCCCAGUACGUGGAUCAAGUCAGCUCACCGGGAACCUCCGCUGACGCCGCCGUGCCGUCCCCACCCCUUCCUGAUACCCUUCCUGUGGAAACACAGCUCCCCACUGCCGAAGAGAUGGAAGUCACGGACGAUGACAUCAUAGCAGGCUGUCUGUCAAACCUGCCUCCCAACACCAAGAAGAUCUGCAACUCGUACGAAGAGCGUCGUAAGCAGGCCACCGCCAUCGUCCUGCUGGGGGUCAUCGGGGCGGAGUUCGGGGCGGAGCUGGAACCCCCUAAGCUGCCGUCUCGUGCCAGGACCAGUGGACAGGCUCCAGAAGGUUUUGGACUGACUACUGGAGGAUCCAACUACUCUCUGGCCAGACACACCUGGUUCCGUUAA